GAGAGCAGAUCGCCCUUGAAUGCAGAUACACUGAGGGGAGCUGUGGAAAGUUGGCUCUGAGCGUCCUGCCUUCCUGAAGAAACUGUAAGGGAUGUGGUUUCCAUGGCAACUGCUGAAUCAUCCUCUACCGUCUGCAGCCUCCCUCUAAUUCCAUCUCCUCGUGCAGCCAAGCCCUCCGUCAUCCAGGCCCUGCAUUAGCAUACUUACAUGAUGCUUCAGUAUCCUAUAUGAGUUGCAGCGGUCUGUGCAGGUUUGUCUCGGAGGACAGAGGGCUGCAGCACGGCUGACAAGCAGCUUUUCGGAUGGGUAACGUACCCACUACAGUGAAGCACUGCCUGAGCUAUGAGCAACUCAUCCAGGACUACCCAUGGCUGAAACGCUGGCUGCUGGAGGAAAAGACCAUCACAGGACACGAGUACCCAGACUUUGUUAAAAUAGUUGAAGUUGGGCCGAGAGAUGGACUUCAAAAUGAAAAGGAAAUUGUUCCGACAGGGGUGAAAAUCCAGCUGAUAGACAUGCUCUCAGGAACAGGCCUGCCUGUGAUCGAGGCCACCAGCUUUGUGUCUUCAAAGUGGGUACCACAGAUGGCAGACCACACUGAUGUACUCAGAGGAAUCCAGAGAGCGCCUCAUGUUCGGUACCCUGUUUUGACACCUAACAUGCAAGGCUUCCAGGACGCUGUUGCAGCUGGUGCUACUGAAGUGGCGGUGUUUGGGUCAGCGUCUGAAACCUUCAGUAAAAAAAAUAUUAACUGCUCUAUUGAUGAAAGCAUGCUGAGGUUUGAGGAAGUCAUUAACACUGCCAAACAGCACCAAAUUCCAGUCCGUGGGUAUGUUUCCUGUGCCCUUGGAUGCCCUCAGGAGGGACACAUUGAACCUUUCAAAGUUGCUGAGGUGGCAAAGAGGUUAUAUAAAUUGGGCUGCUAUGAGAUUUCCUUGGGGGACACUAUCGGUGUUGGUACUCCAGGUUCCAUGUUUAAGAUGCUGCAGAAUGUGAUGAAGGAGGUGCCCACCAGCGCUCUUGCAGUUCACUGCCAUGACACUUACGGUCAAGCUCUGCCCAACAUCCUUACUGCACUUCAGAUGGGGGUCUGUGUGGUGGACUCUGCAGUAGCUGGUCUGGGAGGUUGCCCAUAUGCUCAGGGUUCAUCUGGCAAUGUUUCAACGGAGGAUGUUCUCUACAUGCUCCAUGGCAUGGGCAUCGAAACUGGUGUGAACCUUGCCAAAGUCAUAGAGGCUGGUGACUUCAUCUGCAAUGCUUUACAUCGCAAGACAAACUCCAGGGUUGCCCAGGCAAUCAGCAGAACACUGUGA